GCGACUCGACCGGCCCAGCUCUCGCGGACAAGUCCCGACAUCACGCGCCCCCCCCCCCCAACCUCGGGGACCGCCUCCUCCUCACUCUCGGCGUCGUCGAAGAUAAACAAUAGUUAGCCGGCGAGCGGCGAGUGUGUCUCCCGCCUCGGAAUUCGGCGGGCUGCGUGGGAACGGCGGGAUCCCGGGCAGCCGGCCAUGGCGGGGCUGUAUUCGCUGGGAGUGAGCGUCUUCUCUGACCAGGGCGGGAGGAAGUACAUGGAGGACGUAACUCAGAUUGUGGUGGAGCCCGAGCCGGCUGCGGAGGACAAGCCGGCGCCGGUACCGCGGCGGGCGCUCGGGCUGCCGGCGAUCCCUGCUCUCGCCGGCGUCGGGCCAUUGGGAAAAGGCCCGGCGGCGGCCCGCGACCCUGCCCCGGACGCGGCGGCCUCGCUACCCACUGGCCGCUGCUGUCGCCGCCGCUCCUCGGUGGCCUUCUUUGCAGUGUGCGACGGGCACGGCGGGCGGGAGGCGGCACAGUUUGCCCGGGAGCACUUGUGGGGUUUCAUCAAGAAGCAGAAAGGCUUCACCUCGUCCGAGCCCGCCAAGGUGUGCGCUGCUAUCCGCAAAGGUUUCCUCGCCUGUCACCUCGCCAUGUGGAAGAAACUGGCAGAAUGGCCAAAGACUAUGACAGGCCUUCCCAGCACGUCCGGGACAACUGCUAGUGUGGUUAUCAUACGGGGCAUGAAGAUGUAUGUAGCUCAUGUAGGUGACUCUGGGGUGGUCCUUGGCAUUCAGGAUGACCCAAAGGAUGAUUUUGUGAGAGCUGUGGAGGUGACACAAGAUCACAAGCCAGAACUUCCCAAGGAAAGAGAAAGAAUCGAAGGACUUGGCGGGAGUGUGAUGAACAAGUCUGGAGUGAAUCGUGUAGUUUGGAAAAGACCCCGGCUCACUCACAGUGGACCUGUUAGAAGGAGUACAGUCAUUGACCAGAUUCCUUUUCUGGCUGUAGCAAGAGCGCUUGGUGACUUGUGGAGCUAUGACUUCUUCAGUGGUAAAUUUGUGGUGUCACCUGAACCAGACACUAGUGUCCAUACUCUUGACCCCCGGAAGCACAAGUAUAUUAUCCUGGGAAGUGAUGGACUUUGGAAUAUGGUUCCACCUCAAGAUGCCAUCUCCAUGUGCCAAGACCAAGAGGAGAAAAAAUACUUGAUGGGUGAGCAAGGACAGUCCUGUGCCAAAAUGCUUGUGAAUCGAGCACUUGGACGCUGGAGGCAGCGUAUGCUUCGGGCAGAUAACACAAGUGCCAUCGUAAUCUGCAUCUCUCCAGAAGUAGACAAUCAAGGGAACUUCGCCAAUGAAGAUGAGCUCUUUCUGAACCUGACUGAUAGCCCUACUUACAACAGCCAAGAGACUUGUGUGAUGACUCCUUCUCCAAGUUCUACACCACCAGUCAAGUCACUGGAAGAAGACCCAUGGCCAAGGCUGAACUCUAAGGACCAUAUACCUGCCCUUGUUCGCAGUAAUGCCUUCUCAGAGAAGGUUUUAGAGGUCCCAGCUGAGAUAGCUCGAGGGAGUAUCCAGACUGUAGUGAUGACCUCAAAAGACUCAGAGACAUUUGAAGAAAAUUGCCCCAAAGCCCUGACUUUAAGGAUUCAUGAUUCUUUGAAUAAUACCUUGUCAGUUGGCCUCAUGCCAACCAAUUCAACAAGUACUAUCAUGGACCAAAAAAAUUUAAAGAUGUCAACUCCAGGUCAAAUGAAAGCUCAAGAAGUUGAAAGAACCCCACCAGCCAAUUUUAAAAGGACAUUAGAAGAAUCCAACUCUGGCCCCCUUAUGAAGAAGCACCGACGAAAUGGCUUAAGUCGAAGUGGCGGGGCCCAGGCCUCGAGUCUCCCUACAUCAUCCCAGCGCAGGCACGCUGUCAAACUGACCCUGAGGCGCAGACUCAGGGGCCAGAAGAAGAUGGGAAAUCCUCUUCUACACCAGCACCGGAAAACAGUGUGUGUGUGCUGAGACGGGCCUGGGAAGUGGGGUCUCCCUCCCUACGACUCGAGGGCUUUUUAAACUUGGUGCCGAAGUUGAACUUUUUUAAGGGGACAAAAUAAAGAGUAUACAGUUUGA